AUGUCACUAAACACAUCACAUACACCAGACGGAAAUGGAGUUUUGAUCUACAAUGGAGAAAUGUUAGUGUUUAUUUCAGUUGUUUUUUAAGUGUGAAAAAAUGAAGAAAAUUUCGCAAUACUUAUGAUAUCAUAUUUUCAGGAUCCUUCUCUACAUCACCGACGUGAAAUUGAAGUUUGAAAAAUAUGAUGUGAAAUCGUUCAAAUCUACAAAAUCCGGUGCUCUAUAUCUUACAUCACACAGAGUGAGUCUGAAAAAUAUAUACUUUUGGUGCUGAAAAAACAAUUCAAAUUGGAAAUUGGGAUAUCACGUUUCAUUUUUCUCCGAUAAUAUGUUUACAAAAUAAUCUCAUAUUUCUUAUUAAAGUGCGGGGGUACCGAAAACCGAAAAAGAAUACCUAAAAAUUAUAGUUUGAUCAAAAUGAAAAAAAAACUAAAAGAAAUUGAAUAAUUUUAUUUUGAAGAGUCAAAUUGUUUUUUUUUAUUUUUAUGAAAAUGAGUCCCAAAUUUCAGUAAAGAUUAGUGAAAGUCUGAGAAGAUUUCAACCUAAUUUUGGAUAGAGUUCAAAAUUGCAGACCAUAUUCAUCUUUUUCAGAUCAUCUUCAUGAAUUCAUCCAAAAAAGACGACUUCAAAUCAUUCGCUAUGCCAUUCCACAGUUUCCGUGAUGUUAAACUCGAGCAACCCCUUCUCGCUCCAAACUAUCUCAAAGGAUGGGUUCAACCAAUCCCCGGCGGAAAUUUCGAUGGUUGCCCAGAAUGGAGAUUAUCAUUCCCAAAGGGUGGAUGUAUCGAAUUCGGUCAAGCAUUGUUGCGUGCCGCUGAUCUUGCAUCACGUUCUCGACCAUUCUCAGCACCGCCAGCGUAUGGUGCAUUGAUUCCAGAACCACAACAACAAACAUAUUAUCAAGCUGCUCCAACUUAUUAUUAUGCGCAACAAGGAGCUUAUCAAGGAUUCCAAGCGCCAACAAAUGUGUUCCCAGAACAACCACCAGCUGGAAAUGUCUACAUCUAUGACAUUCCUCCGCCAUAUCCAGGAAUUGGACAAACAACACCAUAUCCAUCAGGGCAAUUCCAAGCUGUUGGAACUGUUCCAGCUCCACCAGCAUAUGUUAAUGUUCCACAAGCAACACAACCUGGAUAUAAUCCAAACGUGGUUCCACCUGCAUAUUCGCAACAACCACCACAACAACAAGCCGCUCCACUUCCAAAUAAAGAAGCUUUGUAA